AUGAUCCGUGGUCUGCAGGCAUACCUCCACGAUCGUGGUCUCACACAGUCCGCGCCGCUCUCGGCACUCAAAGACACUCGUCUCGGUAUCGAUCUUUCCUUCUACCUCAAACAGCUGCUUUCGUCACCUUCCACUUCGGAGCCGCUGGUUGCCGCGCUGGGAGGUGCGCCCAUCGCCCUCAUCUCUCACAUUGAAAAUGACUUGCGCGCGCUCGAGAGAGCGCGUGUGAAACCCGUCUUCGUUCUCAACGGUAUCCAGCCCAAUAAGCGAGUGCGUCCCUUUUCCUACGAAGAUCCCAGAGUCAAGCAGCGCCAUCGUGCAUGGGAAGCGUACGAAAAUGGUCAGGUGGAUGUCACGCAUUCUCUGCUUUCGGCGAGCAACUCGGUGCAUCACCCGGAUCUGUACCGCGCCAUCCUACGUGCGUUGCGUCACAGAAACGUCGAGUUCCUCGUCGCACCUUACCUCGCAUCAGGUCAGCUCGUCUCACUCGAGCGACACUCGAAAUCGUAUGUGCACGCCAUCUACGGUGCCACCGAGAUACUUCUGUUUGAUCGCGUAGAACGCGUGAUCACGUCGCUCAACCUCUCGGAAUCCACGUUCCAGUUCGUGUCUAAACAUGCCAUCCUGAACGAGCUGAGAUGCAACGAGGAGCAGUUCCUUGACAUUGGCCUGCUCGCCGGAAGCGACCUGUGCGCCACGUUCCCUGCGCUGCAAGAUUCGAGCUUGGGCGCUCCACCACAGCAUCCGGGCGCACCGCCCAACUUGCGUCAGAUCAACGAGCUGGUCAAACAGUACAAGGGCGGUUAUCCGCUCGUUGCAGCGUUCGAGGGCCAUCCUACCGUGUCGAAAAUCAACUAUGUCGAUCAAUUUUGCCGAGCUAGGACGAUUGUCAAGUUCUGCCUCGUGCUCUCGGCGGAGGAAGGACGUGUGCUGCCAUUGCCUCUGGCGACACCACCUCCGCCAAUCUCGAUUGGAAAUGCGCCUCACGCGGCUGCUAACGGUGCGGGUGUGGGCGCGGCUGCUGGCGGAACGUCGAUCCUCACCGCUGCAGACGUGCCAGUCGACAUUCACGAGGUCUUCUCGCAUCGAUUACCGGACGAGGUGUUCCUUCACCUUUCCAGGGGCCUGGUAGGUGCUCAGGUGCUGUCUUGCUUGACUUCAGGGCAUGUGAUUGAAGCGCCGCCGUUGGACAAUGGCGAAACGGAAGACUAUCGACGCUACGUACGCGAGACGCUCACCGAGACACCGCAAUCGCCGCGCUGCGUUGCGGUGGCUCUCGCGGCGGCGGUGCUCAACGGAUUCUGGUCGUCACGCAAGAUCACGGGCAUUUACUAUUUUGCACCUUCAGUGGACCACGUGAUUCCGCAUGACUCGGCGGCGACUCUGCAACUGAUCAACCGCGUAAAUCAGUGGAACGUGUCGAAUCGGUUCAUCGAGGAGGAAUUGCGACGACAGAACUCGUCGACGAUCGAUAUUGCGCUGUGUCUGGGUGCGACGACUUCGGAGCAGCUGGCGAGCCGGACCAAGACCCCGCGCGUCAAGAUGCCAGAUGGAUCCACUUGGGCACUCGAGAAGAAGGACGAAAUUGUGGCCAACACGAUUUGGCGAAUGCUCGAGUUGCGAGGGUUCCUGAACCAUGCGCACCUACAUACGCCGUAUGCGCGUGCGCUGUAUUUGGGGUUGAAAAAUUCCAAGUUGAAUGAUAAGCUGCAGGAAGCGCUGUUUGUGGCGCUGGAGCUGCUGCGCGGUGGGGCGUUGCAUGCCAACUACUUUGGCGGAAAGAGCUAUUCUGGCGGGCCGUCGUAUGGGGAUGAGGUGGACAAGAGACAUAUGCUGUUGGUGAUGCGCGCCGUGUCGGUGUUGCAGAUGGGAUUUAAACCGUUGGCUUGGACGGCGCCUUUGAGUCGCGAAUUGCUUGUGUUCAAUGGAUUUGUCAAGAGCACGACGCGUGCGAUGCGCAAUUUGGUAGAGAUGAUCAGUAUGUCUCUGCUGUUACGCGGAGACGCGAGGAGGAAGCGCGACGACUACAUCGACAUCAGUCUCUCGCUGCCGUUCCAGGCGGAUGUGAAUACGGGCAUGGGGAUUCUCGUAAAGUGUUAUCUGGACGGCCUACUUACCUAUCGGGGCCGCCCAAUAAGCGCCGACCAAGUCAACGACGCCGAUGUGAUCGACGCAAAGUCGAGCGUCCUCCUUGCGCUCGACGACACAUUCGCCAAUGUGAAACACAUCAAGCACGAGCUAGCGCGAAGCUUCCGCUUCUGGCACUCGCUCCUCCUAGCCGUCAACACGCUCGCCGCCGAAAACGCCAUCAGCCCGCACAUCGUCCAUCAAUUCAACGCCGCAAACCACUGGCUCUCGCCACUUGCGCAGCUCCCUCCCUGA